AUGCCCAUUUGCAUCGAGUGCCGGCACCCGGUCAAGACACUAUGGACCAAAUACUCGAACGCUGAUGACAAGUCCAGCGGACACAACAUACGCUUGACCGUCUGCAGAAACUGUGGUCACUUUUGCGACAAAUACGUUGAGCACGAUUUCGUCGUGCUCUUCAUUGACCUGGUUCUGAUCAAACCCCAGGUCUACCGUCACCUGCUUCACAAUACCCUAAUGAAGGACGAUGACCGGUUCGAUUCAUCCAUUGUGCGACUUGGCGUUCUGCUGCUGCUGUUCGACGUGUACUUGACAUGGGCCCGUAUCGAGAAGCAAACAGUUCCUAAAUCCGCCCAAGACGAGGGCGCCAGUUUAGGUAGCCUGACCCAACAGUCCAUUGUGUCGCAAUACCUCUUCUUUUUAAUCCUCUGUGCUCUGUCUACCCUCGCCUUCCACAUGAGUAUCCGUUUCAUGACCUCGUCUGUCUUUUCUCCGUUAGGCAUGCUCAACAUCCUGCCUCGAUACUCGCGUCCCAACUCCGUCUCGACCGCGCUACUCGUCUCAUCCUCGACCAAGCUCUUCCCGAUCCUCAUGGUUAUAUGGCAGUAUGAUGUCCCAGCCGCAGCGCGAUCGCUUGGCUGGGCCGUGGUAGCGAACAAUGUCGAGGCACUUCGUAUUCUGUUGGACUGUGGCUACGGGGUCGCUACCUUGCUGGCCACGACGGGAGCUCUGGCGCGCUGGGCUGUAGGACGCAGCGUUCUGUGGGCUGCUGGGCUAGAUGGCGUCGAUUCCAUUGGUGAGACGAGCAUUGCUGCAGACGGUAAGGCCCUCUGGGCUCUGUUGAUGUACGUGAGGGGAUGGGCGAGCGACUUGGCCGCCGGGUAA